AUGCAGACUGUCAUAUCUGAUAAGCAACUUCAUUUGAACUCAUCAUCCUCAAAUACAUCUCCAGCUUAUACACCUUCUUUCUCACCCAACACACCUACCGAGAACCCCUUCAACGCCACUAUCCAACCUACCAAUGGUAAUGGUAAAACUCAAUAUUCAGCUAGAGGAGGAGGUGGUGGUGGUGGUGAAUCCGUUUCAGAUGAAUUAGAUCUAAGUCAACCUGUAUCAACAUUACUUCGAUUAGGCACCCAAAGGGCUCAUGUCAAAGCUGAACAUUCAGCAGGUGCUGCUGCUUUAGUUCAAGGUGGUCUAGGUUUAGAUGAAUAUAUCAGAUGGUUAGCUGUGUUAUGGAGAAUAUACGACGCUCUCGAAUUGGGUUUAUCUGAAAAUUCAACAAAUCCAGUAUUGGCACCUACAUAUGAUCCUGCUUUACUCGCAAGAGCACCUGCUUUAGCUGAAGACAUCAAUUAUCUUUUAACUUUACUACCUUCUUCAAGCACUUCGACUUUCACUUCCACUUCAAAUUCAUUGAUAUCGACGCCACUACCUCCAUUCCCCUUACCGUCUUUUUUAGAAGAGAUAUUCAUCUCGCCUCCUGAACCAUUAUCGAAUUAUCUCCAUCACGUUAAAACACUUUCAACAAACUCGAAUCCAAACGUAUCAGGAAGGUUAUUGGCUCAUGCAUACGUGAGAUACUUGGGUGAUUUAUCAGGCGGUCAAUUCAUAGGAGCAAAAGUCAAGAAAUCAUAUAACCUAAAAGAUAAGAAUGAUAGAGGAACUAAAUUUUAUUAUUUCGAAUUCCAGAAAGGUUCCGUAGAUUCAGAUGAAACUAAAUCCGACGCUAAGAAAAGAUUAACAGAAGUUAAAGAUUGGUAUAGAAGAGGUAUGGAUGAAGGUGUUGGUGAAGACAAAUCAUUAAAAUCCGACCUUGUCGAAGAAGCCAAUAUCGCUUUCUCCUUGAACACAGACCUGUUCUCUGUUAUUCGAUUACCUUCUUCCUCUCCUUCACCUUCAUCUCAAUCCACAAAUCCUCAUACUUCCACCAGCACUAAAGUCGAUACGAUUACGCCAAAAGAAGAAAGUACAUUAGCAGAUAAAGUCAAUUCUGUAGUUUGGUUCUUGUUAGCUGCUGGUGCAGGUGUAUUAUUGAAUAUCUACGUUCAACCAUAUAUGAGUGAAUACAUGAGUGGAAGUAAGAGGAAUUAA